UAUUUAUAUGUUUUCGGCUUUUGCUAAAAGUUAUUAAAAUAAUAAAUAUUUACUCGGUUUAUUUAAAAAAUUAUUUAAUAAAAAUGGCGUCAAGCGAGUUUGAAAUGACAGAUGUUGAAAGUAUUCUUAUGUCUCGUGAAAAUGAGGACUUGAUGUUUCAGAGGUUAUCUGAAAUGAUGGUCGAAUCUCGGACUAAAGCACAAACAUUAAUAACUCAUUAUGUCAAUAAACAAAAAGCAAUACAAAACAAAAUAAAAACAAACCAUGAAACUAUCAAUCAACUCCAGCACCAGAGUAAAGACCUAGAGCGCCAAUUGCAGGAAUGGGAUCUUGAGCAAAAAGUUUUGCAGAAAAAAAUUAACAAUAACAAUAAAUCAAUCGAUCAGCUAAAAGAAGAAAUCGCGCUUGAGAAAAAUAAAAAAGAAGAACUGACACUUGAAUUAGUUGAUUUGGAAACUGAUCAAGAAACAUUAAAAAAUGAAAAAAUAAAAAAUUAUGAUGCUCUGAAAAGAGCUCUUGGGUUGUACAAGGAGAAAUUAAACAUACAUUUCAUGGUUGAAAUUCUCGAGGACUUUGAUCGUGUUAAGAUAACUUAUUUCCAGAAGGAAAAUCCCAAAAAAGAUUAUUAUUGUAUUCAACUUCUUAAUUAUAAUAAUAUUAUCUGGAAAGUUGAGUCAAUAGUACCGGAAUUAGACAGCAAACACUUGGAAUAUCUGAACUUGGAUUUCACCAAAGAUUACGAGAUCCAGGAAAUAAAUAAAUUAAUUCCAAAAUUACGUCAUCUCUUUGUGGAGCAUUAUUUGAGUCCCUGAGUAAUUAUUACUCUCCAAUUAUUACUUAACAGUUAUAUUAGCAAGAUCUUUCGUGUACGAGGCCACUUAAUCAAACGAGUUUCUUCUCUGGAGAGGGAAUCCUUCGCCAGGAGGAACAUAAGGAUUACAGUCUUUUCUGUAAAAUCUUUCAACCUCCGGUCGCUAUGCAGAAAAUAUUGGGAAAGUUGAUCCAGUUGGUGAUUAUUAUUUGGGUCGCAGUAUCCAGCUGUCAGGCUGCAGACAACGAUAAACUCUCGCAGUGGUCGUUCGAGGAAAUCGGCUGCGAAGGGUUCUACGAUAAAAAAAUAUUCGAGAGUCUAGAUAAUGUCUGUCAAGAGUGCCAUGGGUUGUACCAAGAAGCUAUCGUUUAUAAUACUUGCAGACAAAGUUGCUUCACGUCAGAAUAUUUCCGGGAUUGUUUGGAAACUCUGACAUCCCACACAAAAAACGAAAUAAGUGCGUUUAAAAUUAUGAUUAAACGACUGCAAGGUUUUGAAUAAUUUCUCUAUUUAUUAUUAAUUAAUUAUAAUAAUGUAAUUAUCAAUAAAUACGCAUGGAAAGUUUGGUUUAAUUGAAAUUGUAA